AUGGAUUCCGGCACGUGCCUGUUGUCCCUACUGGUGGUGCUCCCAACGGUUAGCCACAUUCGUUCGGAGCCGAUCCUGAGGCUGUCGUCGGAGAAGGUGAUCUUGAGUGAUUAUUGCGACAACUGGAGGCUGGCCGUGGAGACAAACAACGCGAGGGAGCGCGUUCCGACGAAUUGUGUGAAUUUCGUGGCGGAGUACAUGAUCGAAGGCCAGUACUGGAGGGACUGCGACGUGGUCGGGAAUUUGUCGUUGGCAUUCACAAGGAGCGUGAAAUUGGUCGAAGAUGGAAGAGACGCCUGGGUGUUCGACGAGAUAAGACACUUCUCUCCAACAUACCUUACUAAGAAGAAAUUGGAUUCAGAUUUGAGAUCUUCAAUGAGACUUCCUUCAAUAAUUGGGUGA